AUGAUUUUCAUUCCAUCAAAAGCACCGCGUCACGCCCGGUGGACAGAACUUCUAGAACCUUCUUUGCCCGUGGUGGAAGCUCUGAGAGAAGCAGCAAGCGCUGUUGAGCAAGAGAAAGAAAUCCUCCUGGAGAUGAUCCACAGUAUCCAAAAUAGCCAGGACAUGAGGCAGAUCAGUGAUGGAGAAAGAGAAGAAUUAAAUCUGACUGCAAACCGUUUGAUGGGAAGAACGCUCACCGUUGAAGUGUCAGUAGAGACGAUCAGGAACCCCCAGCAGCAAGAAUCCCUAAAGCAUGCCACCAGAAUCAUCGAUGAGGUGGUCAACAAGUUUCUGGAUGACCUGGAAAAUGCCAAGAGCCACUUAAUGUCACUGUACAGUGCUUGCUCUUCUGAGGUGCCCCCUGGGCCAGUUGACCAGAAAUUUCAGUCUAUAGUGAUUGGCUGUGCACUUGAAGACCAAAAGAAAAUUAAGAGAAGAUUAGAGACUCUGCUCAGAAAUAUUGAAAACGCUGACAAGGCCAUUAAGCUGUUGGAGCAUUCUAAAGGAGGUGCUUCCAAAAUGCUGCAACACAAUGCUGAAAGCAAAGUCAAUUAGCUCUGAAACCUACAUGUUAUUUACAAAUGAUGUGAAAGUGAUGAGAAUACUAUGUGAUGUGAUAACUAGUACUUCAUGUAAGGCAUAACCGCUCUCAUUGGAUACUCAAUGCAGUUUCAGAUGAGAAUAUCCCAGCAUCAUGGGUUUUGCAACCAACACAAGACCAGAAAUAUUUUAAUUGCCUACCUAGUUUUUAGAUUGAAUUGUCUUCUACUAGAUCUAGCUGCUAAUAUAUACAUAUAUUUUUUACUAUUCUGUGGAUGGGUACAUAGCAAGAAGGGCUGCCCUGGGGAUUUGCCGGGUGUGGAGACAGCGGAGCCCCGAGAGCAGUCCUUUGCCUUCAGCUGCAGCCUUCCUCUGCGACUGCCGGCCACAAAGCCCUGUGCUUCCAGACAUGAGGAACUGCACAAGAGGCUUUCCCUGUGUUCUCGCUGUCAUUCAUCAGACACUUUGGAGGUACUCGUAUCAAACUUGUUAGAACUUAAAGAUUUAUGCAUCUCAUGCUAUGUAUUUUUAAUGUGAGAAAAAUCACUUAUGAUUUUACCACUGUGUCUAACUACUCGUUUUUCAAAUACUUCAUUUCUAUAAAAUCUUAAAUCAUUACAAAACUGAAA